AUGAUCCAGACUACCAGCCGUCUACAGACGAAGAGUCGGAGAGGGAGGAGUAGAUGUUCUGAUCAUAGUUUAUCUAAAGAAAGCACAGAAUUACCUGCAAACGAACGCCAACAACAAGACAACAAUGUAUGUGAUGUAUGUCGAAUUCGAGCUGGAAUAUACCCUCAUCAGAUGGCUCAAGAAAAAAGCAGUUUCCGUUUACAGCUGUCCCAGCAAAACUCUCAUUUAUUGGGGACUCUCAGAAAGAACAGAAAAGGGCUGCCAAAAGAAAUAUCAAAAGAGAAACUGAAGAAAGGCGAGACGUGUGUAAUGGAAAAUAAUGACGGAGUGUUGGUUUUACGAUGGAAAGACAAGCGUGAUGCGUUGGCUCUAUCAACUCGGCAUACACCUGGUUUUGUCAACGUGCGCAGCAGGAGAAACCGUAACAAAGUGACUAUGAAACCAACCCUGAUAGCGACCUAUAAUAGUCAUAAAUGUUCUACUGACUACUCAGAUCAAAUGGGUAGUUAUUCUAAUCCAGCAAGGAGAAGCUUGCGAUGGUUCCAAAAAUUAGCUAUAGAACUUUUAUUUAUAACAUCUUUGAUCAAUGCUUUUAUUUUGUUCAAAACUUCCAAGAACUUGACGUCCAAAAAAUAUACCAUAACAACAUUUAAGGAAAAUAUUUGCCGUGCAUUGAUGGGUCUUGACAAACCAAGAAGACAAAAUAACCAGAGUUGCUCAAAUGGACACCAAUUUGGAAAAUCUCCGUUGGUCGACCAUCGUAACCGAAUAGUCAGAAGAUGCAUCCACUGCUAUGAAAAGAAGAGAGAAGAAGGUUUGACAAGCAUAGAAGCAUGUAAAAUAACUAAGAAAGUCAAUAUAGUGUACUUACUCUGCCCAUCAAAACCCAGUGUAUGCUCAUAA